CUGUCAUACAAUCGAAAUGUUGAGCACAGCAUUCCGUCUUUGAAGUUUCCCAUGAAAUUCCAGCCCUUUUCUGAACACUCAAGGAUGCCGGAGUCUUCUACGCGUUUUCAAGCAUCCAAAAGCUUACAUUUCACCUCAUCUUGGCCCGGGUACAGUCUAAAGGUCAAAAAGCUUCUCCUCGUCUCGUCACUAGCCUCAGCUUUCUUCUCGUCCACCUUAAAAAUUUGUUGCCCUAAGAGAACUUUGAACAAUUCACUUUGCAUAAUAUUAGGGAGAAAUUUGAGGUCAGAUGGUGGAGCGAAUGACAUCCCAUACCUCGUUUUUGAAACAGCUUCAUCUUCCAAACAACAGGGUUAACACCACAUCACUUUCACGUUCUACGCGACAUCAGCCGAAAACAAAAGAACAGAGCGUACCAAUACUGGACGGUGUCUUACAAACAUCAGCCGUUAUACACAAUGUCUUCGGAUGUGUCAUCCGCAGGACACGACCAGCAUAACCAUGGCUCCAUGAGUCCGGCGAGACGAGUUGUCUGGCCACCCAAGUUGAUUCUACAGACUCCUAUGGGCUACCUUCGUGACUCAUCAGGAAACAACCUCCCUCGAGAUAUCGGCCGCUCCUCCGUCUUCGAUGAUGGAUUCAUCAUAUUUCAGUUCGGAGACACGUUCUGCCACUCGAUGAACGGCCACUUCAUAGGUCUCACCUCAAACAAUGCAUCUUUUUGCGAUGCAACUAAAGAUCCAACUGUCAGUUCAUACUUCACCAUCAAGGAUUCCGAUGGUAGUCGUAACAGCGAGCAACGGGUCCCAGCUUUCCUGGAGUUCUUUCGUGGAGAAGGAGAUACGAAAACUCACUUCCUCAAAUUCUGGUGUUUCAGUGGCAUUGUGGAUUCCCACAUAGACCAGAACGGAAAUCAUUGUGGAGUGUGCUACUACGAGGUCCGAGAGAUGCAGAAGGGGGCGAUUGAUGAUGGGGUGUAUCUGUACACCGGAAUUGCUCAGGUCACUUGGAACCGAAAAAGCUUCUUUCUCGAAGCAAAACGUGAGAGGUUUCCUCAAGGACCACAGCUCUUCCUAGCUGAUGAACCACGAUUUGGUGCCUUCUGUGCGGUGAUGGGAAUUGGCAAAGAGUACAUUUAUUUGUAUGGCCAUACCCCCGAUAACUCGAAAAGUGUGGUCUUAGCUCGAAUUCCACCUCGCCGUGCUCUGUUAAAGACAGAACACGAGUACUGGAAUGGGAGUGGCUGGUGCUCAAAGAUGAAAGAUUCCAAGCCGGUGUUCACCACGAUGCAGCAUGGCCAGAUCUUUCAGACAGAUAUAUUCGGACGAGACUCACCUUGGAAGUAUGCUUUCAUCGGGUGUACCUCAUUAGCGGAUUCUAAGGCACAAUUCGGACGAGCGAAGCAACCUCAGGGACCCUGGGAGGUUCAUGAAGUGAAGGGAUUAAGGACGUAUGCGAUGCAACCAUAUGAUCCUGCCCCGUUCAAGUACUGCUUUUAUCCACACCCUUGGGCCUUUCAGACGGAACGGGAUGGAGAUCUGAUGAUUACUUGGAGUGAGGGUGGGAUGAACGGAGGUGUUAUCGCAGAACUGCUUCGAUUUGAGACAACUGCAUGAUUCUCAGAGAAAAGCAGCCGCAGUUUCAAAAUAAAGAAUAGAGUCCCGUCCAGGGCUGAUGUCGUCCUAGCAAUCAAAUUUACACCUCACAUACCAGCAUAUUUGAAGCUGACCAAAAU